AUGAAAAUUCAUAGAAACACAAAAAAUAUUAUAAUUUACAUUGUAUUAUUUAUAUUUCAUCAAAAUGUUAUAAUGGAAUCAGAAUUAUCGGAGGAAAGUACUUUACGUCCACAAUUUACAGUGGAUGAUUUGGAUAUUGAAAUAUUACCAAUUAUAUAUGAAAUAAUUCGAAGUGUUGAAAAAGAUCCACAUGAUACUGCACAAAAAGCUAAAGAAUCACAAGAUACAAGUCAUAAAAUUUUAGAACUUCAAAAAAAAUUAGAUUCUACAAGAGCUCAGAUUAGAAGAUUACCAGGAAUAGAAUAUAGUAAAGAAGAACAAUUACAAAAACUUGAAACUUUACGUAAACAACUUAGACUUAAACGAGAGCUCUUAUUAAAAUAUCGUAACAUGUGUACAUUUGAAGUUCCAAAAAUAUAAAUAUUUUUAUUUGCUUUUUAAAAAAAGCAAAUCAAACAUGGGUUUUUGGCGUAUCUUAUUUACAUAUUUGAUACAUAAUGAACAAUUAAUCAAUAAAUUGGCAAAUACAAAACCAAUUAGACGAUCUGCACAGUUUAUAGCAUAUUUAAUACUUCAAAGUAGAACACAUGGUAUUUCUUUACCUUUUAAUCAAGAAAAAUUUUUUGAACGAUUAAAAAUUACAAAAUAUAUUAAAGAAAAAUUACAAGAAGCAAAAAAUGAAAUAAAGAAAAAUUCACGAAAGUAGUUUUUGUAAAAAUAUUAUUAUAACUAAAUUUGAUAGAUGAUUAAAAACUUUUCGUUACACUUAAAAAAAAUUUACAUAAAGUAAAAAAUAAGAUAAAGAAAAAUUUAUUAAAGUAAUUGUUUUAAAAAUAUGUUAUAGCUAUAAUUUAUUGUAGUCUUGAUUUAGUUACAAAUUAUAUUUGUAAUAAUUGUCUUAUAAAUAAGUAAUAAUAAAAAAAUAUGAAAAUUUA